AUGUUCGGUUGUGACGUAAAAGUGGGCCUAAGAUCUUCAGCAUUUCCAACUGCGACAAUCGAAAAUAUAGAGAACGAGGAAGACUUGGAACAAAUUCUUAAGAUGUUAGAAGGAGACGGAAAUAAUGCUGAAAGUGAGACAAUAACAGAUGUAAAUCAGGAAGAAACUGUAGGAGAAGCAGCAAUAAACAGAACAGACUGCGAGCUUUGUAAUCAAAACAAAAAUGAAAAAUGUGACCUCAAUAUUAAACGACAGAUAAUAGAUACUAAUAGAAAAGGCGCAAAAGAAUCGUUGACAGUACAAGCAAAUAAAAUGACAGCAUUAUCUAACAGAAAGUUUCCUCCGUGCAAAAUAGGUGACACAGUUCGGGUGAAAAUUCCUGACGUUGAUAGAGGUAGAGGCGACUUUCCCAAUGUUUUAAUGGUUGUACUCGAAUGUGAUGAUGAUGGACUGUAUAAAUUGGGUAACCAGUUUGACACUAUUACUGAAUUAUUUUCUAGGAAUCAAUUCACUGUAUACGAGGCGAAAUUUUUAGACGUUGAUAUUGUUUCUCCUGAAGAAAAAAAAAUCAUUACUCCAAAUAGCUAA